GGGUGGUUUCGGCGCAGUAGUACACCGCGAGCAUUCCACGAGCUUGUACACGCGUGCUCGCGUGCCUCCUCGUUCCUCUCGACUCCGCGUCGCGCAUCCUCUCGUUCUUCCGCGACACGUGACUCCAUUCUCUGUUCCACGGUCGUCGUCCCGUCGUAGAGAAAGCUCGCGUCUCUCCUCUCCUCUCCUCUCCUCUCCGAGCUUGAUUUUUCUUCUCGCGAGCCGUCCCGAUUUGUCCGGCAGUGAGCGUUCAUGCCGACCAGGGAAGAACGACGACUCGUCUGGAGCGAGCCGACUUCGUGCCUCGAAGCUGAUUUCUCCUGAGAUUCCUGGACACGACGACGCUGACGAGCCUCGUUUCCUCGUACGUAGAAGCAGCUUGCACGUACAAGUCGUCGGCACGCAUCGUUGGAAGCAACCGCGAAACGUUGCCGGCCGAAGCUGUGGACAAGCGCGCGGAGGGCGUUGAUCAUCGGCAGCGACUUUGAACGCCGCUUUAAUAACCAGUCAACCACGUGAAGUAUUUCAUUAGAGAGGCCCGGAGAUCCUGGCCGGCAUCGGAGGGGACAGGGACGAAGAAGGAUCGGUGUGCUGGCGCGUCGCGUGAUACGAAUUCACAGAGUUUAGAGGAACCCGUAAGCUUCUCUUUGACGCUCGUCCCUUCUCCGACGAGAAGGGAAGUCCGACGUAGCGCAACUCCACGCCGCCGCCACCACCACAGACUACGGAAAGUUUAAUAAGUGUCCAUUGGCCGCGCGCGCGAAGCGUUUGUAAUGCGUUCCGGUGUCACCGUGCCGUCCGACUGAGAUUCGCCGAGAUUCGAUUUCAAGACGUAACAGGGCAGAGAGAGAGAGAGAGAGAAAAAGAGAGAGAGAGAGAGAGAGAUGUGCGUCACCACCGAGUACAAAGGCUUCGCCUUGAUCCGGCGGUGCAUCAGUGAAGAAGCGAAGUCUCGUUCGCCGCGAGUUCGGAUAUCGAACAUUCGCCAGUGACUGCGCAACGACGAAGAUGUAGCCAGGCCACCGAAGCUGUUGCAGUUUCGUAGACUUUGAUGUAUUCCAAGUGUUUGGACCUCGAAUCGAGUAGGUGUAGAUUCUGGGACACGAAAAUGACAAUAACGUCGGUGUACGAGAAAGUGAGAGAGAGAAAGAUAGAUAGAACGUCGAUGGAGUUAGGAUGAACGGGACUCGAGCGAUUAAACGAAGAUCGCGCGGAAUUCUGAAAAGUGUCGUCCAGAUAUUUCGACGAAAAUCGAACGAGCGCGGGUCGAUCAGAUGUGGCUCGACGUCGGUGUGACAGUGACUUUUAACGAAAUUUUGAGCGCGUCGCGGGUCGUAAUGUUGGAGAGAUCGGUCUGCGAAUCCGUCGCGAGGGGCUGCCUCCUCGAAACAGUCUCGCGUAUCCCGUCCCUUUCGUUCUUCGCCGCCUCGAAGUGGAAUUUGUUUCCAAUCCGAGUUUCGAGCCCGCGCGAACGCGACCGGGCUACCGGGAACACGCAGCUCGACUCGACGAAAUAAAACGUGACUGGGGAUCAGCAGCCGGGGAUCAGACUUACCAUUCGCGGGAAUAGAUCCCGGAAACGUUUCAGUCUUUCAGGAAUGGUGAAAUUCUGACGGCGAAAAUGGAAAUGCGAUGCACGACGAUGGAAUAGCUUGACUGAAUUCAGUCAGCGGCGCAAAGACCGAAGUAAAGACUGAAACGAUACCUUCUGUCCACGGUUGAGAUAGUAGCUGCCUGCUACAACCUGGAACUGCAUUUCGUCUAAUUCGACGGUGCCGUUGAAAGGCUUUUAGUAGAAAGACGGCACGCACCCGGUUGCGCGAAGCCGGUCGCUGCGCAAAGUGGAAAGUGCUGGAGCUGGAGAGACUAUGAUACCAGUUUGAUAACGUGGGUCAGAGACUCGGUGCACGGUCGCGAGUUGCUACGUCCGUGUCUGGCCCGGCCAGCCGUGUUCACUCCCCUCCGCCCCUCCCCCACUCCCACCUCCUGGCGAGAGGUUUGGUUGGACGAGAAUCGGAGAGGACUCGAAACAGGCAGCGAACGAUCUAGACAGAGAGCGAAAGAGAGAAAGAGAGAGGGAGAGAGAGAGAGCACAGAGAUUAUUAUAGUGGAGUUCGUGUGUGGUGCAGAGGCAAAAGAAGAGAGUCGACCGGGAAAGUAAGGGACAAAGAGGCAGCAGAAGGGGAAUUCGUAGGUGGAAGAAGAGAAGAAGAGAACAACGGACUGCAACGUGAACGUGGAAGUUGAAGAAGAGCAGGGGGAGGUGGAGGUGGAGGAGGAGGAGGAGGAGGAGGAGGAGGAGGAGGAGGUGGAGGAAGAGGUGAGAGGACAAGCAGGGAAGUUUCCGUCUGUCCGAGGUGGAUGGGGGUGAAAAUGUUCGGAGUGUUGCUGGCAUGUGUCUGGCUGGUUGCCGGCUCCCCGUUACAUCCCUGGCCGCUAAUACCGCACAAAGCGAUCAUUCAUGGCUCGUACAUCAGACACUAUAGCGCCGUUUGGUACGACACGGCGGCUCUAAGGGAACAUCGCAGCAGAAGUCGUCGUGACACUUCAGCUUCCGGGCAUCCGGGUGACGCGACGCUGAAUCUACGUCUUCACGCUCUCGACAGGGUGUUUAAGAUGAGACUGACGAGGGAUACGAGCUUGUUCGAUGAGAACGUGGUCUUCGAGGGAUCGAACGGCCGGCAAAUUGCUUUCGAUCCAUUGCACGCCUACAGCGGAACCCUCGAGGACGACGAGAACUCGUCGGUGCAUGGUAUCGUGACGGAAGAGGGACUGUUCGAUGGUACUAUCUCCACGGCAUCCGACGAGAUCUACAUCGAGCCAACCAGCAGAUACGCUCCGCUCGUGUGCCAUCGGCAAGAUGGCGAGGAUAAAGACACGACAGACGCCGUGCAUCACCAUACGAUCGCGUAUCGUUCCGUGGACGUGAACGUGCCGCGCCGCGACGGAUAUCCGUGCGCCAGCGAGCUUUUGCGAGAGAACACGUUAAACGAAUUAAGGACGAACAGGACGUGGAGUGGAUAUCUCGGCGACACAAUGCGGCCGCUUUAUCAACACCUGAACGAGGGGAACUCGCGCGCCAAGCCCGGCUUCUAUCCGAAAGACGUUAGGAAGAAAGACCCCCUGGCGAGCUCGCACAAUUUAGAGCUGCUCGAUAGGUUGUACAGGGAACGAUAUUCUCGAGUGCUUCGUAAAAGGACGUCCGUGGAUCCGAAGAAAACCACUUGUAUGUUGUACCUGCAAGCCGACCACACGUUCUUCAAUCACUACAAGUCCGAGGAGGCCAGCAUUGAGGUGAUGACUCGUCACGUGCAGCGAGUCAACUCGAUUUAUAGAUAUACAGAUUUCAAUCAGGAUGGUCAGCCAGAUAAUAUUAGCUUCAUGAUAAAACGGAUUAAAGUUCACGGUGAAGACGCGCUGAACGAUCCAAGCUACAGAUUCACUGGAACUUAUGGGGUCGAAGAGUUCCUUGAACUAUUCUCUGAGGAGGACUACGACGCGUUCUGUUUGUCGUACAUGUUCACGUAUCGCGACUUCGAGAAGGGUACGCUGGGCCUGGCGUGGACCGGGGAUCUGAAAAACGCCGGCGGAGUUUGCGAGAAAAACGGGCACUACAGGGGUAGCAUGAAAUCGCUGAACACCGGUAUAAUCACCCUGCUGAACUACGGCAAACACGUACCACCGACGGUUUCUCACGUCACCCUCGCGCACGAGAUCGGUCACAACUUCGGAUCCCCUCACGAUCCGGACGAGUGUUCACCCGGUGGGGAGGACGGGAAUUUUAUAAUGUUCGCCAGGGCGACCAGCGGCGACAAACGAAAUAACAACCGCUUCAGCCCGUGCAGCCUGGUCUCCAUAAAUCCCGUUCUAAAUGCCAAAGCUCGUUCGUCCAAGGGAUGCUUCGCCGAGCCCCAAAAUGCAAUCUGCGGGAACGGAGUUGUAGAAGAUGGUGAAGAGUGUGAUUGCGGAUGGGAGGAGGACUGCAACGACCCUUGUUGCCACCCUCAACGGCUUCAUCAUGCCCCUCACGAGGUACCUUGUCGUCUUGCCGAUGGUGCGGUGUGCAGUCCCAGUCAGGGCCCUUGCUGCACAUCCGGCUGCACUCUGCGCAACGGCGAUAAGUGCAGGGACGACAACGGCUGCAGAGACGCGAGCUUCUGCGACGGCCGUGGUCCCCAGUGCCCGCCAUCCAUCAACAAGCCCAACAAGACCAUAUGCAACGAGGAAUUCGUCUGUUACAUGGGGGAAUGCACCGGCAGCAUUUGCCUGGCUUACGGCUUGGAAUCCUGUCAGUGCAUCGCCGGGCCCGACGAUCCCCCGACCAAAAGCUGCGAACUCUGUUGUAAAUUGCCAGGAGAGGAUCAACCAUGCCUAUCAUCGUUCGCGUGGAAUUCAGCGCCUUACGAUAUUCCUGACAUGCUGUCGAAGCCAGGCACCCCGUGCAACGAUUACAAUGGCUAUUGCGACGUCUUCCAGAGAUGUCGAGAGGUGGAUCCAAGCGGACCGCUGGCAACACUGCGAAGACUUCUGUCAGACGCUAGUCUAGCGAGUUUUCAACGUUGGAUGGUCAAUCGUUGGUACAUCGUUGCAGCGACUGUUUUCCUGUCGCUGUUGAUCGGGGCGUUCGUCGCGUACUCCGUGAGCAAACGGCGCAACAGCCGCGUGAAAGUUCCGGCGACCGCGAGGGAUCAGCCACGCGCCGCUUGCGAGGCGACGAACACGAGCGACGAGGCGGCAAGGGGCAGCUCGUCCGUGCGGAAGAUACAAUCUAUGGACAUUUCGUGGGUGAAAAGAAGGAUCGUCGAGACGAUGAAGAGCAUCGCGUCGCCACGACGGAAGAAGGACGCGUCCGCGAGAGCAGGGAUCUUUUGCGCGGAUUUCUCGGCUCUUGGCCAGAGACUCGACGGAAGAAGGACGCGUCCGCGAGAGCAGGGAUUCUUUGCGCGGAUUUCUCGGCUCUUGGCCAGAGACUCGACGACCACCGCCUCCGAGGAGCAGUCCUCGAACGAGGCGGAGCAGUUGUGCGAAAGCAACAACACGGGCGGAACGAGGAACGCGACGAAAGAACAGAGUGACGAGAACGAGAGACUCGUGAUUGUUUCGAGAAACGAGAGCAACGUGUGGAGACGAGUCCGCGUGCUGUUCGUUGGGAAUCGCUGGAAGCGUGCGAGUUCAUCCCCGGCCAGGAGAAAAUUGAGCAAGGACGAGACGACGUGCGGUGCCGCUUGGAGAAAGACUGUUCAGGUGGAGAAGCUGUGCACUGGUUCUUCGAAGGUGAUCGGGAGUUCUUGUAGAAGGGGAGACAGGUGUCAAAUGGAGCCUCUGGUGGUGCCUGACACGCCGGACACGCCGGGAGAGACUUCGGAGAACAGGAGUCACACGUCGGAUUUGACCGUGUUGCUCGCUGACAGUUAGUUUCAAGAGGAGAUAUCCGGAGGACUGUUAUAUAGAAACUGGCGUGCUUCUCGAUUUCAUCCUCAUUCGCGGGUGUCUUCGUUUCUUUUCUCGUUAACUCUCUGUGACACCCCGUGCAAUUUGAUAGUCGUACGUUUACACGUAACACGUCCAUAUUUUGAAACUUUAUUUCGCGUACUCGUCGCAAUUCAUCAAUACACAAUUCAUCAUAAAAAUUAUUAAUCAAUUUAAAUUAGUUUGCAGAUUUUUUAAGGCUGAAGUAAAUGGCUGCGAUUAAAUAAUAAUCUUUUACUCUGGGUACAGAGGAUUGACAUUUGUUACGCCUCUAUUUGAUCCUCGCGUGGAACGAUCAUCCGCGAGUCUUCUCGUCUCAUUUAUUUCAUUCAUUAGCGAGUGCUUGGUUAAUCCUCCAAUAACAUCGUGUAACUUUUAUACGUCUAUAUGGAAAAUUUUAUUUCAUCUCUGACUUUUAUAUAAUACCAAGUGGCUUAUUAAUAACAAUAAUUGGUUCGCAGAUUUUUCUAUUCUUCUUUUGUAGAUUACGAAGAGUCUUCUUUAGUUUAUUUUCACAUAAAACGCUCGUACUCUCCUCCUUAUUUACUUACUUUCUUUAUUUUACUUUCCCGCAGCACACUCGUCCAAGCUUAAGUACUUUGGUUUUAAAUCUGGCGCGAAAGAGGGCAUCGAGUGGCUCCCGGUGUCACAAAUCGAGAAAUGAAAAUGUAAGGGGAUGAUACUUCUGCUUUUAUGGAAUCAAAAAAAAAAAAAAGUCGACGAUGAGAUUUGUAAGUGUAAAUAUUGUACAGAAUCUCUUAUACCGCUGUCGUGAUAGAUUACUUGAUAGAUUAAGGGCAGCAACGUUUGCGGAAUUGAAUGGAUCGUUGUAAUUCCAUUUAGUCAGACAGCUCUUCAUCUAGAAGCGGACCAAACGUAGAUGGGAGAUCGUCGUCCAACGCUGAACUUCGUAGACACGUGUAUAUAUAAAAUCCCGAACGAUUGUUACUGUAUAAUAAAUCGUACGUUACUAUUCGUUAUUCACCUGCAAUCAACUGAUCUGUGUUCCUAUAUAAUAUUUCAUUGCAGCCUACUGUCGUUCCUCGUUUCUUUCUUAAAACUUCAUUGUCUGCAAACGACGUCGAGAGACGCGAUAUUGUUUCAUUACAUUAAUGCGAGUCGUUUAGAAGACAAAUCGAUCGAUUUCACUUUGUAAUUGAAGAUGAAUGACUCGUGAAAGCAUUCGAACAGUUAUCAUAGCAGUACAUAGUUUUAUGUACAUAUGUGUGUUGUGUAAAGUGUUUUGAAAUUUCAUCAACACUGUAGUGAAACCAACCUAAAUUGGAAUCAAUCUAAGAAUGUAUACAAAAAUUUCAAGAUAUUUUCUGCAAAUAUAUAUUUAGUAAAAACUUAGUAAAAAUAGUUCCAAUGAAUAUCGAAAUAAUAGUUAUUUUAAUACUUAUAUUAAAUUUUCCGUGUCUCGCUACAGUGUCAAUUUUUUAACGUUUUACGUAACACAUUCUUAACAAAAGUAUUGAUUGCUAUAGUUUUUUAACAGAAUAAAAAUUGUAGGAAACUCCCGAGAAACUCACCCUCGCAAAAGUUCUUGCAUUCUAAAAUAUUCGAAAAAUUUAACGUAUCAAAAUUUCAAGCAAAUGGUGUCAGAGAGAAACAACUUUUGACACUUUGCGUGAGAUACUAUGCAUAAAUAAAUAUUCUUGGCAAGUGUUCGAAUACUUUCGUAAGCAGCUGCGCCCGCAAUUCUCUGUGUCAGACAUGUUCGACCUAUACUACUUGAAAUUUUGUUGGACACACAUUAAAUGAAGUACUGUAUUUGUUAUACAAUAAUAUCGCUUGCGCUAAGGAAUUCUAAUUUGUCCACUAAGAAAUUCAUUGUCGUCGUAUAAAUACGUAAGAAAUUUUCUUAACGAUUUUGUAUCGCCAUUGCUGAUGAUUUCGAGCAUAUUAUAGCGCCUCUGUACGUUUAAACAAACGUUUCCUUAUUGUAGCUGACGUUAAUUAAAAAUAAUAAUAACAAAGGUUGAUUAUAAUUCUUACUGUACCUCCGCGCGAACAAAAAAUGUAUACUAAACGGAAGGUAAGUUUACAUGCUCGUUGCUUGAAAAAAAUUGUACCAUACUUAUAUAUGUAAUAAAAAAAAAAAGAAAAAAAAUAGAAAAAGAAGAGAAUGAACGUUUGGAACAAAUUUUCGUGUGAAUUGAUAGUUUGAACAAAUAAAAAUGUAUUGAACUUUACCAACAAUUGUAAACGUGAAUUAAAACGUUAUCGACGUG